CAUGCUUACACCUGACAAAUGAUGGCCUGAACUAUGAACAAACAGGACUAUAUGACUACUUCAGUGCAAGAGCCCCCUCUUGACUACUCCUUCCGAAGCAUCCACGUGGUUCAAGAUCUGAUAAGCGAGGAGCCAAGGACAGGGCUGCGACCACUAAGGCACUCAAAAUCAGGGAAGUCACUGACCCAGUCCCUGUGGCUGAACAACAAUGUCCUCAAUGAGCUGAGAGACUUCAACCAUGUGAUUUCACAGCUGCUGGAGCAUCCGGAGAACCUGGCUUGGAUCGACCUGUCUUUCAAUGACCUGACUUCCAUUGAUCCUAUCCUGACAACUUUCUUUAAUCUGAGUGUCCUCUACCUCCAUGGCAACAGCAUCCACCGCCUAGGAGAGGUGAAUAAGCUGGACAUCCUCCCUCGGCUCCGGAGCCUGACACUCCAUGGGAACCCCAUAGAGGAAGAAAAGGGAUAUAGCACCCCAUGGACUCCCCCCUCCUGUCCCACGCUCCGAUCUUCCCCAAGCAGAAGCCUCCAGUCCAGGACCCAGGUAGGGACCAUGUCUCCAGCCAUCGCGCUAGCCUUCCUGCCACUGGUGGUGACAUUGCUGGUGCGGUACCGGCACCAUUUCCGACUCCUGGUGCGCACAGUCUUACUGCGGAGCCUUCGAGACUGCCUGUCAGGGCUGCGGAUUGAGGAGCGGGCCUUCAGCUAUGUGCUCACCCACGCCCUGCCUGGGGACCCUGGUCACAUCGUCACAACUCUGGACCACUGGAGUAGCCACUGCGAGUACCUGAACCACAUGGGGCCUGUCAAAGGUCAGAUCCUGAUGCGGCUGGUGGAAGAGAAGGCCCCCUCUUGUGUGCUGGAGCUGGGCACCUACUGCGGGUACUCCACACUGCUUAUUGCCCGUGCCCUGCCCGCUGGGAGUCGCCUUCUCACUGUAGAGCAGGACCCACGUACAGCAGUGGUGGCUGAAAAGCUUAUUCGCCUAGCUGGCUUCGACGAGCGCACGGUGGAGCUCAUUGUGGGUAGCUCAGAGGAGGUGAUCCCACGCCUACGAACCCAGUACCAGCUGAGUCGGGCAGAUUUGGUGCUUCUGACACACCGGCCCCGAUGUUACCUGCGGGACCUGCAGCUGCUGGAGGCGCAUGCUUUGCUGCCAGCUGGUGCCACUGUGUUGGCCGACCACGUGCUGUUCCCCGGUGCACCCCGCUUCCUGCAGUACGCCAAGAGCUGUGGCCGCUACCGCUGCCGCCUCCACCAUACUGGCCUCCCAGACUUCCCUGCCAUCAAGGACGGCAUAGCCCAGCUCACCUACGCAGGGCCUGGCUGA